GCGCUUCCGUGUUACCGGAUACCGGGCUGCUGCAGCUGCCAGCACAGGCAAGACACCACCAUCUGCAGCUGUCAGAGACGUCACUUCACCAUACAUGAAUGUUUCAAGCCAUUCGACCCGUUUACACCUCUCACUGGUCAUCUAGUCACUCUUUCACCGUUGGCCAUUGAGGGCUGCAGAGCCCAAGAUCCUACCACCAGUAUGGCACUCCCACGCGCUCUGUCAAAGCGUACGCUUUUGUCCGCCACUGCUCCGGUAAUGGCCACGCGACAAGCCCCAAGACGGGUUGCGCAACAUUUGGUUUCCCAACGCGCGGUUUCGACUUCGAGCUCGACAGCCGGUGUCUCUCGUGCCCGAACAGCCUUGCUAGUCACCAGCGUCGCCCUGUCUGGUGUUGCUAUCUACAUCUAUACCACCGACACACGCGCCUUCUUCCAUCGCUAUGUCGUCCCGCCACUGCUACGAUUCAUCUACCCAGAUGCCGAGGAGGCUCACAACGCCGCCGUAUCAUCGAUGAAGAACCUUUACAGCCUGAACCUGCACCCGCGAGAGCGAUCUUCGAUGUUGACCGUUAAAAGCGACAAUGACAUCUCCGUCUCCGUGUUCGGCACGCAUCUCGCUAACCCAAUUGGCAUCUCCGCGGGAUUAGACAAACACGCUGAAAUCCCCGACGCACUUUUCGCUCUUGGCGCCUCGAUCGUUGAAGUCGGAGGCUGCACACCUCGACCCCAAGAAGGGAACCCUAAGCCACGCAUGUUCCGAGUGCCUGGCAUCGACGGCCUUAUUAACCGGUACGGUCUCAAUUCGCGCGGCGCCGAUAAUAUGGCAAUGCGCCUGCGAGAACGAGUGCGCAGGUUUGGAAGGACUCUUGGGUUAGACGAAUCAAGUGUCUUGAAUGGCGAGGCAGGAGUUCCGCCCGGAAGUUUAUUACCUGGCCGGUUACUACUGGUUCAAAUCGCCAAGAACAAGGAGACCGAUGAGAGCAACGUAGAGGCCGUUGCGAAGGACUAUGUCUACUGCGUUCAACAGCUGGGGCGUUAUGCGGAUGUUUUAGUAGUCAACGUGAGCAGCCCUAACACGCCGGGUCUGCGUAAUCUUCAGGCCGUCGAACCCCUGACCAAGCUUCUAAGUGCAGUGGUCGAUGAAGCACGGAAGACGGACAGGAAAGUCAAGCCCAAAGUUAUGGUCAAAGUCUCGCCGGACGAGGAUGAAGACAACCAAUUGGAAGGAAUUGUCCAGGCCGUGUGGUCCAGCGGUGUCGACGGAGUUAUCGUUGGAAACACCACGAAGCGCAGGACUGGUAUCAUACCCCCUGGUGUCGGCAUUACGACAAAGGAGCAGAUGACAUUGACGGAAACUGGUGGUUACUCAGGCCCCAUGAUGCUAGGCCGCACUGUCGACCUUGUUAAGCGAUACAGAAAGAUGCUAGACGCUAGUUCGUGGCGGGAGCUCGUUCAAGAGCAGAAGGUAGUUGACGAAGCAGUUGAUGCAAGCAUUACUGGCAUCGAUGACACAAUCAUCGGGAUACCGAAAGAAGGGUUAGCUACCAAGUCCAAGCCUGAUGUCACACUGGCGUCGGGUAAUACAUCAGAGCAAAAGGUUAUCUUUGCGACAGGUGGUAUAACUAAUGGACAUGAUGCACUCAAGGUGCUCAAUGCGGGAGCGAGCAUUGCCAUGGUCUACACCGGCCUUGUUUACGGCGGCGCAGGUACGGUUACACGCAUGAAAGACGAGAUGAGGAAGGAGAUAGAUGCACCUAAGGCGUAAGGGAUAGCGUAGAAGCGGGGUCACCGUCGUGCAUUAGAAAGACAAACCUGUACUAUUACCAGAGUAGACAUUUUUAGAUCAAAAGCUUUUUGGUAUGGGAUGUGUUUAGAUAAGCGGAGUCACGGAACUACUACAAGCCAAAUUGAAGACGGAAUGAAAUCUAUUG